UCCGUUUAAUUCAGUCUAACUAGAUGCGUUAGUUGAAACCUGUUUUCUGCUGCUGCUGCUGCUGCUGCUGUGGACGAACACAAAACGAUAUCCAGUGGAUUUCCACGCAAAUAACAUCGCCUUUAUACAAUAUACACGAGGAUUUUAGACGAAGAUGCGUUAUCAUUAGCCUUGAAAAUCAUCACCAUCGUCUGUCAUUUGACACAAAGACGGACGCACUGGAUAUUCUCUGUAUUACUGGAGGGUCGUCAAAACGGAUAAAUAAACACGAUGUCUUCGGAAAAACACGGAUUGGAGGAGGCAGCAGGGAGGCAGCCCAUGUCUCAGCCAAUGGCGCAGAUGGCCCCACCUCCCUACCUGCCCUCUCAGGACCCCAACAUGCCGCCGCAUCCUCCUCCACCUGGCUGUGCCCCACAGCCUAAUUACCCCCCUCCACCACCUCCUCCUGGAUCAGACGGGUACCUCCAGGAGACCCAGUUCCACUGCGGCACCCUCGGGCCCCAGGGAGCUCCGAACGGCUACACGGUGCAGACGCACGGACCGGGAGGCACCGUCCCUCAUCCUCCAGUGGGAUAUCUACAUCCGGGAUACCCCCUCCAGCUGCAGCCCUGCACGGCCUAUGUGCCCGUUUAUCCUAUAGGAACAGGGGGGCAGCCGUACCUGCCCAACGGUGCCCACCAUCCAGGUGUUGCUCCUGGCCAGAUGGCCAUGCACAUGCCAAAUGGCAUCGCUCUGAUGGAGCCUCGUCGCCCACCUCACGACUACCUGCCCAUCGCUGUCCUCACCACUGUCUGCUGCUUCUGGCCCACAGGAAUAAUCGCCAUCAUCAAAGCCGUGCAGGUGCGUACUGCUGUUGCACGGGGCGACAUGGUGACGGCAGAGAUCGCCUCGCGCGAGGCUCGAAACUUCUCCUUCAUCAGUCUGGCAGUGGGAAUCGCCUCCAUCGUGCUCUGCACCAUCCUCACCGUUGUGGUCAUCAUCGCCUCCCAGCACCACGAUGAAGACUGGGAGCCAUAGAGAAUCUCGUAGGAACCCACGUGCACCCCAUCCUACCCCCUGGCCAUCAUUUCCGGUAUUCUGCUCAUUCUGUCACACAGCACAGAUCUGAGGGCUCAAACCACCACAUCCCUAAUCUUCCAUCAGUCAAUAUUACAGCCAUCGACCGUGUAUUAGUUACAGAUCGAUGGUACGGUAAAUCUGAGCCACUUCUGUACGUGAACGUGCACAUACAUACACUCACAUGAACCUGCCUGAACAUUCCUCUUUUAUCCUAAAAGCCUGUAUUAGAUUAAUAGCUUCUAGUGUAUUAAAGUCAGGUCAGGUGUGUUAUUGUUUUGCUCUUAAAAUUUGCCCAAAACAGUCUUACAGGAACAAAAGAGUGCUUGAUAACAAUGAUAGUACUGAUUAUUUUGAUAUGAAUAAUGUUUCUUGAUGUUCAGGACAUUCAGUCUAUUAUUUGUGCCAUUUCUCUUUUAAGAAACAACUUGUACAACAGAAAUGAUCAAUUGUUGUCUUGCAAGGUUUGCCAAAUUUGGUCACUGACAGUGUGGAUAAGUUAUUUGCUUUGUAUUGCUUUCUAGUAUUGCAAAUAAUGUAUAAUAAUAAUGUAUUCAAAUGAAAUAGAGUAGUACAUUACAUCAGUUAAAAUGCAUAACAUGUUUUUUACACGUUUUGGGUGAUAUAAUCGUUUUUGUUGCGUUUUCCAAAGGAUCUAUUAUCUCAUAUUUCGGAAGUGCGUAUAUUAGUAUUGUUCGCUCAUCAGCUUUAUUUCUGAAACCUGAGGCCAGAAACAUACUCUACACAAAAGUGGAGAAUUGAACUUAAAGGGAUAGUUCACAAAAAAUGACAAUUCUGUCAUCGUUUUGUCAUUUCAAACCUGUAGGACUUUCUUUCUUGUGCAGAACACAAAAGAAGAUAUUUUGAAGAAUGACAGUGAAAGAACAACGGCGGCACCCGUUCACGUGUAUUGUACGGACACAAAACCAAUGCAAGUCAAUGGGUGAACUAUCCCUUUAAGGGUUUUGUAUUAAAAUGGAUUUGUUUUUGUAAACAGUAUUACCUGUUGGAGUGGUUAGUUAAAUAAAACCAUGUCAGGUUUAACUGACUCUUCAGCAGGAUUCUUUUGCUCUUUCAUGACAGCGUUGACCUGUUUUUAGUCAUUCCCGUUAUAGCGCCCCUUGUGGAAAACUGUGGAACUUCAAUUCUGUCUUGUUUUUUUAAAUGCAGCUGCACGUAAAACCGAGCUUGCAUAGCUAAAAACGCCUGUGUUGAGCAUGUUUCAAGCCUAAGUGUUUUCAUGUGUUCUGUUUUAAACCAGAACAGAACAACUGAUUCAGAGAUGCUAAAAGAAUGUACUGUAUUGUAGGGUCAAUUUAUUCAUUAUGGCUUUUCAUUGAAGGAAGUCAUGACGUUACGGUGGUGUAAAGUAUUGUAUUAUUUAUUGUUGAAUCACUAAAUUAUUCAUUUGUGUAUUAAAUGUCUAUAUUUAUUGAGAUGUGUAAUCACAGGUCUAAUUGUUGUGCUCAAAUAUUUGGUUAUCUUUGCUGGAUAACAGUCAGUCAUAACAGAUGGAUGCUCUGGCAUGUGGAAAUAUGCACUUUUACACUCAGUAUGCGAGUAGCUAGUGUGUCUCACUUUAUCGUCGAUGAGAGCAUAACUUGCUUCAAGGUCUGACCUCAUUGAAACUCUACACAUACUGCUGUCAGUUAGCUGUAGUUUGUCAGGUGAAUGCACUUAAUGCAGUUUUGGUUAAAUUUAGAGACCAGAUGUAUAGAUUAUACCAAAACAUAUAUGCAUUAUUUUAUGUAUUUAUUUAAAGACUCAAGCAUAAAUUCAUAUUUUAUGAGGAUGAAUGAAUCUUUACAGACUCUGAUCUGUGAGAAUUCAAUUUUCAAUCUCUAAUCCCUCAACAACAACAAAUAUCACUCUUGUCAUUGUAAACCUACAUUGUUAAAUGCUUGAUAAAGGCGCCUGCUAAAUUAAUCAAUAAAUAUAAAACGUAACGUGAUUUUCUUCUGUGAAACACAAAAGGAGACUUGUUAUGCAGGUCUUUUCCAUGCAAUAAACGUGAAUGGGGACUGGGACUGUCAGACUCCAAACAAACCCAUAAAAGACGCUCAUAGCUAUAAAGUAGCCAAAAAUAACCAUAAAUGUGACUUACAUAUUACUAACCUUUUGAAGACAGAUUUAUUUGAGGAACUGCUUAAAAUCUUCCCCUCUGCUGUAGCCUUUCUCAAACACGUUCCAGGGGCCUCAUUUAUAAAACGUACGUACGCACAGAUUUUAUCGUAAAGCGUGCGUACGCACAAACCCACGUCAACGUUCAUAUUUAUAAAAAGCGCCAUGUCAUGGUCUGAGCAGACGUACGCACUUUUGCUUGUCCGAAUAUGGAAAUAUAAAUCACUCUUGCCACUCGUAUAGGAUUUGGAUGUUAGGUGCUCUUUCAUAUAUCAAUGACAUUAAUUAGACAUCAUUAAAAGGUGGAGAUCUGAAACUGUUAAGCUGCGCGCAAUUUCACGAUCAUUUGGGAUUUAUAGAUUUCACAUCUGAUAGAGAGGCGUACACGCGUUUUCUGUGCGUACGUUCGUUCUAUGAAUCACACGUACGCACUUUAAGAAAUGAUCGUACAAUCACAUUUAGGACGGUUUCUACGCAACAUUUUAUAAAUGAGACCCCUGUAUAUCAAAUACAGCAUGUCAAGACAUGUCGUAUCACAGUUGAGGAUCUCAAGACAUAUUUUGAUGGCUUUUGAACUAUCGGACUACUCUUAUAGUGCGUUUGAGUCAGUUUUGGAGUUCAAGUGCUCUAGUCCCAUCCACUUCCAUUAUAUGGAAAAAUGAGCCAGGACAUUUCCAAAUUGUGCUCCACGGAAGAAACUAAACUGUACACUGUAAAAAAAAUUGGCAGCUGGGGAGCCACAAAUAAACCGUAAAAUAACAGUUUUCCCUGUAAAAUUAUGGUUCCCCGUUUUCUUGUAAAUUUGCGGUCUUUAUCUGUAAUUUUACGUUUUUGACCGUAUUUUAAAAAUACAUGAAAAAUUACAGAUUUUUACAUUAUACGUGGAAAAACUGUAAAAAGUACAGUGUACAUGUUUGGUGUAACAAAGACUUUUCCUUUCUUAAAAGGAUUGCCACAACUUCUAUAUUUCUGGCUUGGCAGUUAUGCUGAGAGUAAAGUGUGUAUCAUUGCUUUUAUUAGGUGAAUGUGUCCUUGAGAUCAUUUGGAAAGAUGGGAGAAAAUCUAUUUGCCUUUAUUAUUCAUUCACACUUUUCCCUUUUCCACUAUGUCAUUGAAUUUUAAGUAUUUAUUUUGCUUAUGUAAUUUGAACAGAAUCAUAUCUUUUUUCUCCUGCUCUCUGAUCAAUUUAUAAUCUAUUUUGGAUCAAUGAAUCACAGUGUUUCACUGACCUGUUUGAUGAAUUGUUUAUAGCUGUCAGAGGUGUGAUUGCACAUGAUUGUCUUUAUAUGGGCUUUGUCCAAAAACAAGGCCCUUGUUUUCUAUCUACAAACUAUUUGAGAGACUAUAGUUUCAGUUGAAAUCCUGUUCAUGUCUGUUAAUAAGACAAACCGCUAAAAUUAUUUUGGGUGUAUUAAGGUUUUGCGAACUCUGUACAGUCGAUGUGAACUUUUCUCCUGUUUAUAAGCAUCGCAGCAAUAUGCUUUUUCACACGGUUGUGAUGUAAAGCUAAUGCUUCAUUGAAACAUGGCCCCAGAUGUCUGGAUAUAGUUUCUGCACACGGUUUCUCUGAGCUUGCGGUUUAUUUCAAGCGAUUUCCCCUGUGUUUGUGUGCUUCUUAAAGAGACCAAACAUGGAUUUGAUGUGUAUGACUUCAUUGAUUUGAAUUAAAGAGGAAUACCUGGUCGUGCAAGAAUCGAUUGUGUUGUUUUCUCU